AUGGGACUCGUUCAACAUUUUGAAUUGCGUGUACAUAUUUGUUUUAUUUUCCUCCAAAUUUACCAAAUUUCUCCCAUGUACAUAUGUGAAUUGAAGAAAAAACUAAGACAUAAUCGCAGAAAAAGGAUUUUCUGUACAAAAUCCUGUGAUAUUACCUCAAGGCGUUCCAAAAUUUUAUUCCUUAUCGUGCGAAGUCAACCUAACCUUCAAAUUUGUAUCCAUGCAAGACUGAUAUUCACGUCGAUUAGUAGUUUUGCCUUUCACAAUUGUUUUAUUUCCACUUUUUUAUAUUCUAUGGUGAAUCCGAUUUCCUCAUUCAUAAAUAGCAAUGGCCACGUCUUAGGUACGGUGCAAAAGAGUGGUUGUUGGAGGCACUGCAUACCUUUCAUUAUCCCUGAGUUCCUUCAUUUGAAGAAAUGUAAAAUGGAUGGUCUGGAUGGUUCUGUUCUUGCAAAAGCGUCUAUGCUCAAAAAUGUAGAUGUUCCCCACUUGUCUCUUGAAAUAUUCUAUGGAUUUUUUCUUUUAUUAAGAAAAUAUUCUAGCCAUCUUCUGGCAGGGGUUGUCCAUUCAAAAUAUGCUAAUCAUUUCUUAAUAUACUUGGGUUUUAAGUGGAAAAAACUCAAUAGAAGAAUUGGGGUAUUUAAUUCAAGAGCUAAUUUUAUAAAUAUACGCAGAUCUUUUCACUGGCAAAUCGCUCUUAUAUACUUGAUGGCUUUUUUACUUGAUUUUAAUGAUUGUUCAACGAAAGACAGCACCAUUAGUUGUUCUUCAUCCAAAGGAUCUACUCAUUACCGCCUCCACCCCCCACAUAGGCGCAGGUGUACACAUCACUCCACUUAUUUGGAAAUGAGAAGUGCAGGGGUUUUUCAUAGACGAGUGACUUAUAUUAUUCAGUCGUCUGCAGCCUAUGCCUUUCUUUUAUUGACGCAUUUCUGCUUUCCAGUUAACAAAACUGCAACUGUUGUUCGUUCGGACAGGAUUCGCCUACAGUUGCCAUUACUGUACCUUUUAGGUCAUUUUAAGAAGCGUUUUGGUAUAUACAUUCGAAGACAGGUUUACCAUUAA